AUGAGUAAACUACCAGGUGAUUUUCAGUCUGACCUGGAACGAAGUCUUCCAGCUAUUGCCUCCAUCAAUUCAUCACUGAGCCAAAGCCUGUCUCCUCAGUUUUUUCUGCCUCCAAGACAGCGCAGGGCCAUUUCUGAUGUUCGUCGGACAUUCUGCCUUUUUGUCACAUUUGACCUUCUCUUCAUCUCUCUUUUGUGGAUUAUUGAGCUCAAUACUAAUAACGGGAUUGAGAAGAACCUAGAAAAUGAAAUUAUCUAUUACAAAUUCAGCACCUCAUUCUUUGACAUAUUUAUUCUUGCAGUGUUUCGGUUUUCUGUCCUUCUCAUUGGUUACGCUGUGUUUCGUCUACGCCAUUGGUGGGCCAUUGCUAUUACAACCCUGGUGACCAGUGCAUUUCUUAUUGCUAAAGUCAUAAUGUCACAGCUUCUAUCUAAGGGGGCAUUUGGGUACUUGCUGCCCAUCAUGUCUUUUGUUUUGGCCUGGCUGGAGACAUGGUUCCUGGAUUUCAAGGUUCUUACACAGGAGGCCGAGGAGGAGAGAUGGUAUCUGGCUGCUCAAGCUGCUGCCCUUCGCCCUCCUCUUCUGUACCCAGGGGCAAUCUCUGAUGGACAGUUUUAUUCCCCACCAGAGUCCUUUGCAGGGUCUGACAAUGAAUUUGAAGAUGAUGAUGAUGAAGCUGUGGGGAGGAAGGCAGUUACUGCCCAGGAACGGGAAUAUGUGAGGAAGGGCAAGGAAGCUAUGGAAAUUGUCGAGCAGAUACUCGCUCAGGAAGUCAAUUGGAAAUAUGAAAAGGGCAAUGAAGUUGGGAUGUUGUCUAUACACUUGACAUCCCUUUUCAUGGGAAAACUUUUAUUUUAAAGGCUUUAAUUCAGUGUCCUGCAGAAGUCGUAUACCAAGAGGUUAUCUUACAACCGGAGAAGAUGGUCUUGUGGAACAGGACUGUGGCUGUAUGUCAGGUCAUCCAGCGUGUAGAUGAUAACACGCUUGUAUCAUAUGAUGUAGCAGCAGGAGCAGCGGGUGGGGUGGUGUCCCCUAGGGACUUUGUGAAUAUACGACGUAUUGAGAGAAGAAAAAAGAUCGGUACUUAUCAGCGGGCAUUGGAGGAACUCAUCCUUGCAGACCUCAACUUACAAAAUAUGUCAGGGGAGAGAAUGGACCAGGCGGUUUUGUUGUUCUAAAGAGCUCCCGGAAUCCGUCCGUCUGCACUUUUAUCUGGAUCCUCAACACUGAUUUGAAGGGUCGGCUACCUCGCUACCCUCAUUAACCAGAGCCUUUCUGCUACCAUGUUUGAGUUCUGCAGCUGUUUGCGCAAGAGAGUCAGUGAAGUUUACAACGGGCCUUUAUAG